UACAUUAUCCUUUAAAAUACAAAAAGUCAUCAUCAAAGGGACAAUGGCUUCCCUUCACGUUCCUCUUUCUUCACUUCCACGUCCCAGUUUCAGGCCAACAGGCAAGUUGUUAAUCCGAUGUUCCGCCGACCGGCAAGCCCUGUUUAACCGCAUUGCCCCUGUUUAUGAUAAUUUGAAUGAUCUUCUCAGUUUGGGCCAACACCGCAUAUGGAAAAGAAUGGCUGUUUCCUGGAGCGGAGCUAAAGAAGGGGACACUGUACUAGAUAUCUGUUGUGGAAGUGGGGAUUUGACGUUUCUUCUGUCUGAAAAAGUUGGACCCCAUGGCAAGGCGGUCGGUCUUGAUUUCUCAAAUGAACAAUUAUUAAUCGCUUCGACUCGGCAGAAAUUACGUUCAAAGACAUGUUACAAGAACAUCAAGUGGAUGGAGGGCAAUGCACUUGAUUUACCUUUUCCUGACUCCUCCUUUGAUGCUGUUACUAUUGGCUAUGGGUUACGCAAUGUGGUAGAUAGACAUAGAGCUAUGACAGAGAUAUGUCGAGUUAUGAAACCAGGCUCAACAUUAUCUGUUCUUGACUUCAAUAAGAGUAUCAACCCCUUGAGCACCACAGUUCAGGAAAUGAUGAUCGACAAUAUAGUUGUUCCUGUAGCGAGUGGUUAUGGCCUAGAAAAUGAGUACAAAUACUUGAAAAGCUCUAUCAAGGACUUUCUGACAGGAAACGAGUUAGAGAAGCUGGCUCUUGAAGUAGGAUUUUCCACUGCCGAACAUUUUGAGAUAGGAUUUGGAUUUAUGGGAAAUUUGGUAGCCAUUCGAUAGAAUGACUUCAGGUGCUUCAUCUUCCAAUUGCCUUCACAAGCGAGAAAAGAUGCAGUAAGAAGAGGAAUGAGCGGUAUUUGCCUAUAGAUAAUAGUAUACUUCUUCCAUUGAUUUCAAGUCAUGUUUAUUGGUGUACUGAGUAUUUCACCCUGACUGACUGAAGAUAUGUGAUAUAAUAUAUUCUGCACCAUUAUUUGUUGCCUGUUUCCUAUUCCUUUCCCCCCUCUCUUUUUGCACUAUGCUAUGAAAGAUGCUUUAAUAA